AUGUGUGCCGAUUGCAUAUCGAUCAAAGCAGCAGACCUCAGAGUCGGACUCAGGCUCAGACUUAGACUCAGACUCGCGAUGCGAAGGAUGGUUACAUGGAUCGGAUCGCAGCUUUUCCCCUGCUACUGCGUGCUGCGACGACCGCAAGCGCUGUGGUGGGGCUGGGCGCGCGGUUCCAUUGGCCUCCCGCUGCCAGCCAAUCGCGGCGCUGAAGAAUCGACUGUCGUCGUCGCGCUGCAACUUUAA